AUGCCUCUGGUUCUUCAGCCUGCUAACGAGGCCGACGCCGCGCGCGCUGUGGAGAUCGAAUAUCUCGCCUAUGCUUCCAACCCCCUUAAUCCCAUCCUGUUCCCAGGACCAUUUCCGCCGGAAGCGAAGAAUGAGCGUGCAGAAGGACUUAUCAAGCAACUCCACGAAGAUCCCACCACUCGAUGGAUGAAGGUGGUAGAUACCGAGACCGGUGAGAUCGCCGCAUUUGCGAAGUGGAAUAUCAUCCAAGAACCCAGAGAGCCUGCCCGGACUAGACAAUUUGGUCCUGGGUGCAAUGUGCAGGCCUGUGAGGAGUUUUUUGGAGGAAUCCAUGCAAAGCGAAAUGAACUGAUGGGAGGGAGGCGGUACUGCUACGGAUCCAAAACACCAGGGACGUGGUGCAGGAGGGAUGCUGAUCAAAUGGGGCCUUAUAUCGCCGACGAGCUCCACCUUCCUGCGUACCUGGAAUCAUCUCCUGCCGCCCAUAGCCUGUACCAGAAAUUCGGCUUCCGAGAUGUUGACAGAUUGACACUAGAUCCGAAAUGGGACUAUGGAUCAGCAGAUGCAUCCAUUUGCUUCAUGCUUAGGGAUGCCAAAUAG